CUUAGCGAAUGGGCUAAGAUGAGAAAGGUCACAUAGACAGUUGAAAAGGGUUUAGUCAAAGAAGGAUGGCAAAGGUCAUCGUGAAAGAGCAGCGAAAAGUCUCAGCUCAGCACUGAAUAGCCUAGUUAUCAUAGGCGUAAACUAGGCGUUGAGAAGGGUUAACGUAAAGGCCAUAGCAUUAUAUUGUUUGAGAUUGCAGGUUGAAAAGGUCAAAAUGGCUGAACGGAGCCAACCUAACCAGAAUGCGGCGAAAAAGGGCCAAAGACCAGCAAUAAAGAAGGUGACCGGAGAUCCUCUGACGAAUUACAAUGAGGACUGCCCAGAUUGCAAGCGGAAUAACAUCCUGUCGAACGAACGAUUCCCAUGCUGGCUUUGUGUGGUCGCAGUACCAAACCAAGCAGUGGUAGUACCAGAAGAGGCGAGAAGGGGUAACCUCGAUGUGUUCCGACAUUUGGUUACGGGAGACACAUGGAAGAAACUGUCACCGGAAGAUCGGAUGAUUCUGGAAGAUAAAUACCGAAUGUGGGUCGGGCGCAGACCGGGAUGGGAUAUCACCCUGGAACCGCCGAGAACGCCGGAAGCAGACGCUUUCAGAAAGAAGUUUGAAGAAGAUACAAUGAGAAUGGUACAAGAAAAGCGCGAAGCAGAGAGAAAGCGCUUAGAAGAGAAGGAGAAAGCUGCGGCAGAGAAGGGUUUAGCCGAAGCAGCUAAAAGGUCACGCACCUAUCCCAAUGGCAAUACUGAAGAAACAAGACGAGGGAGAAGCAGCGGUGAUCAGACAGUCACUGAUACAGCAAAUUGACACCAUCCUGCAAGAUCCACUCGCCGUGUCGAAAGAAGAAUACAAGAUAUUCUUGGACGAAAAGGUCAGCCUAACGAAAGGAAAUAGGCCGUCUCAGGUCAUCAAGAUUGCGAUUGAGGAACGAAUCGACAGGAUGCGAAACUUCCGAAAACGAGAGAAAGAUGUCGUCGAGGCCCUCCGAAACUUCAAGAAAGAGGAGUUUAGACGCCCAAAAUCACCUCAGAGAGAUAAUCGAUCUCGCGGCUAUGAAAGGUCAUCAGACCGCUCCCGAGAAAGGUCGUGGGAAAAGAGUCGCGAUGACAGAUACAGCGGAUAUGCAAGAGAUACGCGUACGUCGGAACAAAAGAGAAGAGACGAAGAACGUAUCCGACGAGAAAGAGAGCAGCGGGAGAAGCGCCGCAGAGAAGAAGCAGAAGAAAAGCGAUUGACGGAAGAAUACAGGAAGAUCAAUGAGACCUGUAACAGGCAGCAGGAGAAGGAACGGGCUGCUACGGAUGUGCAAAACCGUGAAAGGGAUUCACAGAGUCGAGAAGGACGAAGUGAAGCCUCGAGCAAAUCUUCGAAGAGCCCGUACGAUCCGCAGUGGGUACAAGACAAUUUGAACAUGGAGGAUUACGAGUUCGGAGACAAAGCAUACAACAGUAGCAAAAGGUCAUCCAGCUCGGAAAGUCACCGCACACCCAAGAGCCCACGCAGAUUGAGGUCAAUGGUCCAUUCCGUUUGUUCAACGUUUAAACCAGUCGAAAAACAACCGGAAAAGCAAGCGGACGAGGUCAUGGAAUGCAGCCCGUCAUCCUCGAAUGUCAUUGAAGUUCACGGAGACGAGGAUAUGCGACCGUCAAGACGAAACAUCAUUUUCGAUCUUGAGCAUCAGCUUACAAGCGCGGAGAUGGCGAGUAAUGCACCGCCAGAAUCAGAUUCAGAGAAGGGCGACCAGAAAGGUCAAGCAAAGGUCACCGCUCCGAGGAGACAUUCCUCCAAACCAUCGAGCUGGUAUAUGAAAUGA